AUGACUGUACUCAUGUGGACGGAACUCGAAGGAAGUCCUUACAUCGAUCAUAUGUGUUCCGAAUGUACUGAAAUACUAGAAGACCUGAAUGUCACCGGGGGAGGGCUAGCCAUUUGUGCUAUCACUAUGGACGGCAUCACCAUUGGACAUCCACGUUGUAUUGCUACAAAGGAACAACUCAUAUCGAUCAACCCUUUGGAUACCAACCCGCAACCGUGCACUGUUCUGCUUGAAACACCGAAAGAUUGCUAUUGCCCUAUCCACACCCCCUUGCUAGGCAGACUGUGUCACGCACAGCCGUGCACCCAAGACGCUAUUCAAAACACCAAAGCAUGUGACUUACCCAAACACCAAGAGGCACUAAUAAUACGAUCCGAGAAGACCCGUUGCUCUCUGGCCGCACUGGCUUUCAACCAAAGAACUGGUGCCAAACUUCCCGAAGAUCCGACUGCAGCACUGAACGCCGACACUGACACUUUCAACGAGGAUGCCCUAGUUGUGGGUGAUGAGUCCGAUUGCGCCCACAAAGCUGGACGGGAUGGGGAGGAGACUGCUUGA